AGAGGAAGCCCAGGAGCCAGAGGCUCCCCUCAGUGUGCUCCAACUACCCAAGUGGCUCUUCUCCCUCCGGCCCUCAAGCCAGGACCCAGCCAAGGCGCUCUCUUUGACCUAGGUAGGCUCUGGUGAAUACUAACUCUGGCCUGGUCUUCAUUGCCUCUCUUCGUCUCAGCCUCUGGACACCCUGUGGAUCUGCCUCUUCCAGAAUGAUCUCGCUGGCUUCUUGGCAGCUGCUGCUUCUCCUCUGUGUGGCCUCUUUUGGGGAGCCACUGGCAAAAAUGGCACCUGUGGUGAACCCUGAACCCACAGGCCAACAGUCCGGACCCCAGGAACUCGUUAAUGCCUGGCAAAAGGGCCCGCGGUAUGCAGAGAGCAAGCCUGGGGCUGCAGGACUGCGCGCUCGCCGAACAUCGCCAUGCCCGCCGGUGGAGAACCCCACGGGGCACCAGCGGCCCCCGUGUGCCACCCGCAGUCGCCUGAUCCCUGCGCCCCGCGGAUCGGUGCUGGUGCAGCGCGAGAAGGACAUGUCAGCCUACAACUGGAACUCCUUUGGCCUGCGCUACGGCAGGAGGCAGGUGGCGCGGGCGGCACGGGGCUGAGUGCAGGGUUGCAGGUGGAUUGCAGCCCACCCCAUGGCAGAGGCCAAGGCAGGGAGCUUCUAGACUUGUGCAAUAAAAGCAAUGCUGUCGCCUUA